AUGUUUAAGCCCCUCGCUUUCUUUGCCCUCUUUGCUGCCGCUUCGGCGCGCAAGUGCACCGAUAUCACGGUUCCUGUGUCGUUGAAGGCUGAGAAUGCCGUCUUUGACCUGGACAAGCCGUUGACCAAGGUGGAUGUUACCAACUUUAUUCUGAACUUGUCUCGACAGGGAGAUAACUUUGUUGAAGGGAUUACUAAGGGAACUACUGUCAUUACCGGCAACUACAAGCUUGCUGCUACCUACUGCGAGCCUGACAGCGGCCCUGGCGAUGAGAUCCAGAUCAUGACCCACGGCAUCGGAUUCGAUCGAAGCUACUGGGACAUGUCCUACAACAAGAACAACUACAGCUACGUCGCCAAGGCGGUCGAUCAGCACAAGUACUCGACUCUGACCUGGGACCGACUCGGCAUUGGCGCUUCUUCCAAGGGCAAUCCCAUCGAUGAGAUCCAGGUCUUUCUCGAGAUUGCUGCUCUCAAGGAGCUCACCCGAAAGGCUCGAAAGGGACUGCUUCCCGGUAUCAACGCCAAGUACUCCAAGGCUGUUCACCUUGGCCACUCUUUUGGCUCUGUCAUUUCCCUUGCUCUCGCCAACUCGGCUCCUGAGCUCACCGACGCUAUUGUCCUGACUGGCUUCGCCCAGACAGCCACCUACCUGUCUCUUUUCGCCGUUAGCAACAACUUCAUCCCCGUCAAGGAGUCGCCGAAUGCCAACAACUAUCCCGCCGGCUACGUCGCCACGGCCUCGACCGUCAGCGUUCACAUGAACUUUUUCGCCGAGGGCAACUUUGACCCCCAGAUGCUCAAGCUGGCGUACAAGACUGCUCAGCCGACGACGCCUGGCGAGCUGCUGACCCUUGCCGGACCCAUGCUGGAGGAGAAUUCGUACACUGGUCCCGUGUUUGUGGUUACUGGCGAUCGCGAUGUUCCCUUCUGUGGCGGAAACUGCAUGGCUACUGGUGGCGUUGACUCGGAGCUCUCUUCGCUUCUUGACACGUCUAAGAAGUACUUCCCUCAUGCCUCGCGGUUGAACACGACUGUUAUCCCUGGUACUGGUCAUGGCAUGAAUCUCGAGUACACAUGUGGACAGACCUACGACGCUAUUUUCGACUUUCUCUCUGAAUGA